UAUGUCCUUACUCGCAUCUGUCUGUGUAUUAUACACAGACCAUGAACAGUUCUAAACCAAGUUAUAGUACAUACUUACUAGACUCUCCAUCUGUUUUCCGUUCAACGUUUCCAAUGGGUGUUUGUGGCUCUUUGAUUUGGUGCCUCAAACUUUCCUGAAAGAGUACGAGUACAAAAAUUUGACUUUUUUGGGUGCAUCGGUUUGGUCACACGCUUCAAGUAUAGUCGCAAGUUCAGCAACAUGGCGACGGUAUCAUCCGAACCUGAAGAAGUCGUUCGGGUUAGCGAACUUCUCGAGACGAGCUACGACGUCAAUCUCCUGCACAUCCAGAGCAAUCUGUUUGAUCCUGUCCAGCACGGUCUGAAACCCGAGUUCAGACUGACCAACUUCACCGAUCUGAAAGGGUGAGGAUGCAAAGUCCCUCGUGCUGUGCUGCUGAAGCUCCUCGAGGGACUGCAGCAUCAUUCUACUUCUGUACACAUUGCUCCCGAGUCUGCCUCCGACAUUAAUAACUAUUCUGACGGAUCUUCAUACAGCGUACAACCGCCUGAUAUAAACGGAUUUCCUAAUGUUCAUCACGUACAUGCCAAUGCUCCCGUUGGAACGGGAAAUCUUACCAGUGCUUCGUUAUCUCCGAUUGGUAUCGGUCUUGAUUCCUGCCUCAUUCCAUUAAGACAUCUGGGCUUGUAUUUGGUUCAGACGACAGAUUUCUUCUAUCCGUUGGUGGAUGACCCGUACAUGAUGGGUAAAAUUGCAGCCGCCAAUGUUCUCUCCGACCUGUACGCCAUGGGUGUGACAGAAUGUGAUAAUGUACUGAUGAUUUUGGCCAGCAGUCAGAAGUUCACCGCAGAAGAGCGCGAUGUGGUGAUGCCGCUCAUCAUCCAAGGCUUCAGGGACUGCGCUGUCGAAGCUGGCACUUCCAUCAACGGCGGCCAGACUGUGAUAAACCCUUGGGUAACGAUUGGAGGAACUGCAUCGUCGAUUGUCAGGGCGGAAGAGAUAAUUCCACCGGAUGGUGCACAGCCAGGUGAUGUGCUGAUUUUGACAAAGCCUCUCGGGACACAGAUUGCUGUAAAUGCUCAUCAGUGGCUAACAACCAAUCCAGAAAAAGCUGCCAAAGUACGAACUAUUCUAACGGAUGAGGAAGUCAAGCAGGCGUACCUCCGUGCGAUGCACAUCAUGGCGAGAUUGAAUCGCAACGCGGCAAAAUUGAUGCAUGUCCAUGGAGCCCACGCUGCAACGGAUAUUACUGGAUUCGGCUUGAUGGGCCAUGCUGAGAAUUUAGCGAGAAACCAGAAAUGCGCUGUGAUGUUCAUCAUACAGAACAUGCCAGUCAUCGCAAAAAUGGGUCAAGUGGCUAGAAUGUUCCCAGGGUUCGGGUUUCUACAAGGACGAUCAGCCGAAACCUCGGGUGGCUUGUUAGUUUGCAUGCCAAGGAACAAAGCAGCAGGUUUCAUUGCUGAUUAUAAGCGACUGGAAGGCCAUCCAGCUUGGAUUAUCGGCAGUGUGGAACGAGGUGACCGCAAUGCCAAAAUCAUUGAUAAAGUCAGAAUAAUCGAUGUUCCUUCUCAUGAUACUGCGGAUAAGCUGUGGUAAAAUUAUGACUUAUUUUCAGUUGUUUUUUUUAUUUUGCACAUUAAUAAAUGCAUGUAGUUCGUUAUAUGCUUUCGGGAGGCAGACUUGAGGUUGUGGACUUCGGGGUGGGUUACUUUUUUCCGGAAAUGUAGUUAUGAAGUUUGGCAUCGAAAGGUGUAACGGCCAGAUGCUUGACGGAUGCCCUACUGUCCUGUUAAAAGCUUUUACGCUG